GGGAAACGAGGGCGGAGCGGAGCGGCGCGGCGCUGCCCAUCUCAAGUCACGCGGCCGAAGGGCAGUGUAAACACCACCAGGUGACUCCCAAAGUCUCGGCUGCCGCCGCCGGAGAUGAAAAGGCUGCUGCUGCCGCGCCGCCACUAUGGAAGAUAGCCUGGUCCGCGCCUUCGGGGGCCUCAGCCUCCAGCAGCCCGGCCGCCCUCAAGGCAGACCCCUCGCCCGCCGCUUCAGCAAAAGCCUCUAUUUGCUCCGCGGCCUGCCCGGCUCAGGCAAAAGUACCCUGGCCAGGCAACUGAAACGUGAAUUUCCUAAUGCAGUCAUUUUUAGUACUGACGAGUAUUUCAUCAUGGAAGAUGGCACCUAUGAGUUUAAUCCUGAUUGUUUGGGAGACGCACAUAAGUGGAACCAGGAAAGAGCACGUAAAGCCAUGAAGAAAGGGAAAUCCCCAGUUAUAAUUGAUAACACCAACAUCCACGCUUGGGAAAUGAAGCCAUAUGCAAUAAUGGCACUUGAAAACAGAUAUGAAGUUAUAUUUCGGGAGCCAGAUACACGUUGGAAGUUCCAUGUUCGGGAAUUAGCUAGACGUAAUCAUCAUGGUGUUCCAUUUGAGAAAAUACGAUGGAUGAAGGAUGAAUAUGAGCAUGAUGUUACCUUCCAUACAGUGCUUCAUGCUGAAGAACCAGCCAGAUACUCCAAUUCUGGACGUUAUUUUUCCAACAAAAGAAUGAAUAGGUCAUGAAAUUGAAGGAUUUUAAUGGGAAACCUAGUGGGAGAUUUUAGUGGGUUUUUAUACAUUUAAUCAAUUUGUAUAUUGUUUGAGAUUCUUAGCAAUUUUCUAUUUUUCUAUUGAACUAAAGUAGGUCUUAUACCAUUUAAAAUUGAUGUUCCACAAUUUUUGCAAAUUUUAAAGAAAAUUAUAGAAGAAAUAAUUUAAACAUAAACCAUCAUCUCAUUGUUGGUUUUUUAUAUUUUUAGUUUAUUAUUUUCUGCAACCAUUUUCAUACUAGGCUUUAUAUUCACACAAAAAAUUACAGGAUGGCACCUAUUUAGGUCUACAUAUGUCAGCCAAAUACCAUGUUGACUGUUGGCAUUAAAAUGCUAACUAUGAUAUAUGAGAUAUCAUUUCCCAAAUCCUCAUAUAUUAAGAACAAUAAUUCUGUGGUAGCGCAGUCAUAAAUGUGUUUGAUUUCUCACUAAGACCAAAAAUAGGACUCCAAUCCAAUGGCAGAAACCUUUUCUAUUUGUGCUUUUACCAAUGUCCAAGUCUGACUAUGUUCAGUGUAUCAGAAGCCUGAGUCUUUAGGAGAACCAAAACCAAGCAUUUUAUGAAUGGGCGUGGGUGAAGCUUUUGAGCUGCAGGGUAAGUAAACCUGAAGCUGCUCCCAAAACCAGUAUAGAUUUGUGAAAUCCUCAGAACUAGUACAGAUUAAUUGUAACUUUUUCACCUUGUAGCAAAAACUGGAUUCUUUUUCUCUUGAUCUGGUUUCUAUUUAUUUUUUUAAAAAUUAGCCAGAACAUUCUAUUUUUUUAAAAAAUGUUUAUUCUAUUUUAGGGAGACUAAUCUAGUAACAGGUUCCAAUUUUAGGUACCCGAAGCCCAAUAAAAUUUGUGAACUAUAUCAAACAGUUAAGGUAUAAUUAAAUAUGCCAGGAAUUAAUAUUGUUUGCCAUGAAUGUAACUUUUUUAUCAGAUAUUAUGUAGAUUUAUUAUGAAAUUUUGGCUAUUUUAUCCAAACAAAUAUAUAGAUAAUGAUCAUUUUAUUCAUACUUGAAAACUGCUACUGGUUUAUAAAGAUAGUGUUCAGGGACAUAUUUGUUAUUAUGAUUUAGAGAUUACUAAUAAUAUAGUAUCUUUUUGCAGAACUCAGUUCCUGGCAAUAAAGAAUUUAUAUUUAUUUCCCUAGUGUAAUAACAUAUAGAUCAGGUGAUAUUCUCAUUUGUAAAUAUUAAAGGAUGAGGGAUCAUUUUCUUUUUUCUUCCUUUUUUAGGGAAGAGGAUAAUUUUGAUGCAAUUUUAAUAUUCAGAUUUGAUAAAACACGGGCAUAUAAUUUUGGGCACUAGUCCCUUUGACAAUCCCUGAUACAUAUAACACUGUUUAGAAUAGCCAUUUAUAUAGCAUCUAUAGGAAAGGAAAGAAAAACAAGAAAAAUCCUUUUGUGAAAUCUUUUUAUGUAUUCUUCUGUUAACCCAUUUGUUCAAAAGCUAACUUUGAUAUAAGAUGCAUUGAAUAUUUGAGAUAAAAAUUUGAAACUAAUAACUUCUGACCCAGAAAUGUAUCUGUGGCUUACAUAUCAAGAAUUUGCAAGCUAUUCUUACUGAAGUGUUUUAAAAUGCUUGUUUGGAGCUAAAACAUAUAAUAAACAAAUCUAAACAAACAUUUACAACGUUCAGAGUUUUAAAAGGUAAUUCACACAUUAAAUAUAAACUAUUAACAGUGACGACAUUUUCUUUGCCUCUGUAACAUUUCCUGCACAAUAAUGAACUGUUAGUUCUGUUUUCCUUUAUAGGAAUUAAUUUUUUUUGGUAUUUCCUUGAUGUAUGUUUUUUUUUUAUUAUUAGUAGGCUGGACAGAGUGAU